AAUGAAUAACGAAAACGAAGAGGACUUGGAUCAGUCCUAUCUUGACGAUGUCCUAAACACUCUGUAUGAUUUUGGUGAUGGACAAAUCACAAAAACAAAUCACAAAAACAAAUCACAGAAAAAUAAACGGAAAAGAUCCGCGGAAGAGGGGAAAGAAGCAUGUGCAGAUGAGGACAGUCUUCUUGAGGAAGCACAGCACCAGGACGGUUCAGGAACCUGCUCCGACGUAACGAAAACAGAGUCCGACAAUCAACAUCAUCCGCCAGGAGUAGAAGUGGUGACCUUCCAGGACCCCAUGAAGAAAUUCAUGACAAAGAAGAGUCGCGUGGUACCUGUAGCGUCACCUGAGAUAAAUGAGAAAUCCAAAACAAACGAGAAACAGCCGGAGUUGUUGGAAGAAUUCAGUUUAGAAAAGGCACGUUUAGAGGUGCACAGGUUUGGGAUCACGGGGUAUAAGAAGGAGCAGCAGAGGAUGUUUGAACAGGAGAGAGCCAUCAUGCUGGGAGCCAAGCCCCCUAAAAAGGAAUAUGUGAACUACAAGUUGUACCAGCAGAUGAGUAAGGACAAGAAGCAGAAAGCCAGGGAAGAGGUCCAGACAGACCCGAAGAAGAAGAAAAAGAAGAGUAAACCUAGGGACGAGAAGAGGAAGUCUUCUUCAGGCAGCUCCGCCCCCACGGGCCAGGUGGGACGGUUCAAGAACGGCAUGCUGGUCCUGAGCUCCAAGGAGAUCCAGAAGAUCAAGACCUCCAGGGUCAUCAAGUGACGACAGACAUGAGGGAGGAGGGUUUGGUACUUUGUCUGUGGAAACUAAAGGGGUUUACUGGAUUUUUGGUCCCAGACAAACAGCAGUCCAAGUUUUGUGAUUAAACACUUCUCUUCAGAAGGACCAGUACUGUUACCUCAGACAGUAGCUGUUCCAAACACUCACAGUUUGGGAGGACGAGAGAAGACGAAAAUGAACCCAAGCCAGAGCGUCCCCUAUUCCAUCGGCGUUUAUUAACACAUCCCUUUCAAAAAGGAACCAAGACACAGCAUAUUCUUUUCUGUAUCACCAUGAAAACAAUGUAUGAGUACAAUGCAUUCCUUUUCCAUAUACAAACCACUGAGUACAAAAUGUUUACAUACUUGUGGAGGGGAAAGGAUGAAAACACACACAUGGAUGAUAUUGUAGAGAGGGAUGAAGGGCAGCCCGCAUGAGCAGCUGUCACAGACUCGACCUUUAAGCUGCAAAUGUGAGGCCCCAUUACACGUUUCUCCUCUUGUGCCUGGCUUAUACUGUAUCCUUGGAUACCACCACCCCAUACCACAAACACAGUAGGCAUCCCAUAAUAAUAGACUUGAGUAGAGGGCUGAAGAUGAACUGGGUAUGAAAUAAACAUUUCUGUAAUAGAUUUACAUAAAUAUAUGAAUAAAUGUGUUAACUUGUAAAUAUGUGUUUACU